AAACGAUAUUGGAUGUUGGACCGCUCUUUUUAGCCUGUGCGCUACUAAUAGCCAAUGAUUAUAUAUUCUUUUAUGCAGUUCUCCUCCCAGUAUAUUUCCAAACUGUUUCAUUGUCAUGAAAGUCGAGUUUAUCCUGUUGUUCAUAGCAUCCAGCAGAUCCUUCAUAAGAGUGACUUUGUAAAUUAUCACAGUUGCAACGUAAACACCACUGUGAACCAUGGAGCGACCUUGGGACCUAACUAUAAAUCCACUGUUAACCAAUCGGGAACAAAUAUAUCCAACAGGAUCUAACAAUCUGUUAAGACUUGCUGGUUCUUCAUGGAUUGAACCACUGAAAACUAGUGAGUGCGCGGACCGCCUUAUAAAUGUGACGUCUUCUGAAACGGAAUGUCAGACUAGUCCGUCUUUUCCAGAAGACAAUACAGAUAGUAUAACUGGACUUUCAAAAAGUGAGAAUCUCGCAUCUUUACAAGAUGAUAAUUGGGCUGUGGUUGGUGAUGAUCUACUAUUAACGAUUGUGGAAGAGUUUAAGGAAGAGCAAGAUGUUGAAAGAUUAGCUGAGUUAUUCCCUGGAGCAUGUAAAUUUGAAUAUGAGAAUGGAGAGAACAGUGUAUUCUUUGGGCGUUGUAAACGGUGUUCAGUUCGUCUUAAACCAAAUCACGCUUUCCUAGAUUAUUAUGAUGCAUGCUUUUAUUGUGUGAAUUGUCAUCAACUACAAGAAGCAGUUAUUCCACGUGAUAUUAUAACAAACUGGGAUUUUUCACCAAAACCAGUUUCUCAGAUUACUCAUCAAUUCUUAAGUGCACUACAUAAUAGGCCUGUAAUAAAUUUGGCUAAAUUAAAUCCUAUUCUGUAUGCUGCUAUACCGGAUUUAUUUCAAAUUAGACAACUUCGACGUACUCUAGUACUGCUGUGGCAUCAAAUAGUUCAAUGUGAUGGUAAAACAGCUAGGAAAUUACGAGAUUGUUUCCAUUCUCGAAUGUAUAUGCUUCGUAAUAUCAGUGAUAUUGAUGUGUAUUCAGUAAUAGAUUUAAUGCUUGCGCAUUCUUCAAAAUUAAAAGAGCUGUUAAAAAAUGCAAUUGAAAAUAUUGCCUUAGCACAUGUAUAUCAAUGUCAAGUGUGUAGAAGACGAGCUUUACUUUGUGAUUAUUGUGGUGAACUUAGUAAGCCUAUAUGGACACAUGAGUUCAGUACUUAUAAACAUUGUAUUAAUCCCGGUUGUUCAAAAGUUAUGCAUAUCAGUUGUCUAAUAAUGUCAGAUAAAGAGUUAAUGUCUAGUAUAGGAUGUUGUUUUGAACGUCAAUCUGUGUCAACACCCCCCAAAGAUUGUUCUGAGUUAAUCUCUUUGGACAUACAAUGUAUAUCGUGUAGAGAUUAUCGUUUAUCAUUUUCAACAAACAAUCAAGUGAUUGGGCAUUAUGCUGAUCCUUUUAUUAUUCCUAAAACAUGAUCAGAGAAGUUAUUUCACCAUCUUUUUAUUGCUAUUUAUAAAUGAUAUUCAAUAUUGAGUUUUGUAAAAAAAAACAGUACUAUGUAAAUUUGUAAAGUGUGAAUCUCGU